AAUUCGUGGUCUACGGGUCUCAAAACACGCAAGACCCUGACCCUUGUCUGCAAGACUCUCCUCGGGCCCGCGUCUGAGGUACUAUACGAAGAUAUCGUACUUCGACGAAUGGGACAAAUAGUUGCUCUCGCUCGUACAUUGGAUCCAUGCUCUCUGGCUUCACGCACGCACCGAUCUCUGUCUGGAGAUCCUGCUAGGCUUGUGAAGUGGCUGCGAUUGGACUCGUGCGUAGUCUGGACUCCUUGCGCUGAUGUCAUCCAAGAAGCCUUUUGUCUUAUCCUCACCCGUUGCACAUCCUUGCGUGCUCUCUCCUUCCAUCCGCACCCAGAAUUCCCGCUAGGCAAUCCCAAGGCUACAAACGCAGCACUAGAUCCAGUCCUCGAUGCAUUCAAUCCGAAAUGGUUCCUCCCUACUUACCCCGACGUAGGCCCAGCGAACGCGGCAAUCCGCCAUCACCUCGCUUCCCGCCUUCAAACGCUCGACCUUUCCCUCAGCCUUGACGGGCCCCACCUCGUCUCUCUCCACACACUCCUCUCGUCCGCGCCGCACAUAGUCUCUUUGCACCUCGAAACACCCUCCACCUCCUCACAUGUGCCUGCCGCGCUCGACCUCCCCGACGCGACCCUCGGAGCCCUCGAGCCCAUCACGCUCCCCGCGCUGGAAACCCUCCAUCUCCGCGCCACGCACCCUCUCCUCCUCCACUUCGUCGUCGACACGCUCAUCCUUCCCCGCCUCCGCGUCCUCGCCGCGCACCAGUGCCCCGCAUCCCCCCACGCGCUCCUCGCCGCGCAC